UUUAUCCCUUUCCCACAAGCCUUCAGUUUUUAACAAUAUGGCGGCUCCCUGUAGGCACGUAGGACAUCAUAUUCAGAAAAACGGAAGAUUUCUGCGGAUUAACAUCAACCAACUGUUUGCUUGCAGGAGUUUCGGACUGACUUCAGCUCUUCAACAACAAGCUACCGACCUUCAUAAAGAAUCAAAAGAAGCUAUAAUCAUCCCCAGGAAGAAAUCAUGGAACAAGGAGGCAGUGUUGGAGGCCCUGGCUUCUACUGUCCAAAGAGACCCAACAGCGUAUCCCUACCAGUUCCAGGACGACCCGUACCUCUCACCCAGGACGUCCGUUGAGUUUAAGCUGUUCUCUCUCUCUCAGGAAUCCGGCAGAGCUGCAGCCAAGUACUUUGUCAACAGCAACCCCAAGUUAUUCACCAAAGACUUCGCAGAACCGCAUAUACCAUGUUUGAUGCCAGAGAGCGUGGCGCUGCGUCUGGAGGAGGUGAGCCAGGAGGCGCUGGAGGAACGGAUCAGCCUGAGGAAGGUCUCGGCUGCGGUGGAGAUGUACGAUCAGCUGCUGCAGUCCGGCACAGCGGUCUCCAUGGAGACAACCCACAAGCUGCUGGACCUCAUCUGUCUGUACUGUGACAGAGACCCAGUCCAGGAGGGGGCGCCGCAGACUGAGGACAGAGAGGAGGAAGAGGAGGAGGACGGGAGGCGGAAACCCAUGGGUCGCCGAGUGACUGACUUCCUGAAGUUCACCUGGAAGGAAAACAACAACGCGGAGAGGAUUUUCAACCUGCUGCCAGAGAGAGACACGCGGUGUUACUCCGCUCUGAUCAGAGGCAUGGUGAAGCACGGAGCAUACGCAAAGGCCUUCAACCUGUACGAAGACCUGCUCAACAACAGACUGUCAGCUGAUGUCCACAUCUUCAACGCGCUGAUCUCAGUAGUUCCUGAUGUCAGAAAGAAGAACAAUGAGAGAUGGGACCUCAUUGCUGAGCUUCUGAACCAGAUGAAUGAACAGAAAGUUCGUCCCAAUCUGCUCACCUUCAACAGCGUUCUCAAAGCUCUGAGACAAUUCAGCUUCCUGGCUAAAACCUUCUCGCCCCAGAUUCUGAACGAGAUGAAGGCCCUGGGAAUCGCUCCAAGCUUGGCUACCUACGAACACAUCCUGACAGUCUUCUUCUACAAGUCAGCCUCCUCCGGGCCCAGCAACAUGGCCGUCUUACAGGACGUGUUGACAGAGCUGGAGGGAACCAGCUUUACCUGCCAGGACCCUAAUGACGUUUUGUUCUUCGCCACUGCAAUGAAACUGUGUUUGGACAAUAAAGAUCUGGAGCUGGGCUACAAAGUUCACAGUCUGGUGGAAGUUGGGGAGAACUGGAGGCUGCUGGGAGAUUCCUAUCAACAGGGUCUCUAUUACGGUCGCUUCUUCAACCUGCUGUGCCUGAUGGAGGACAUCGACGUGGUGCUGAAGUGGUACAGCCGGAUCGUCCCCUCGUUGCUCUACCCCAACCCUCAGGGAAUGAAGAACCUGCUGCAGGCUCUGGACACGGACAGCCGCCUGGACCUGCUGCCCACCAUAUGGAAAGACAUUAAGACUUUGGGUCAUGAUAACAAGGUGGAUCUGGUGGAGGAGCUGCUGAGUCUCAUGGCCAGAGAUGAGCACAGUGUGGAGGUUCAGGAGUCUUUUGCUGCCUGUGCUCUGGAUGUUAAAAGCGUGUUUGACGGGAGGCCCAAAAAGGAGUGGAGCACCUCGUCGCUGUCGCACAUCUCCAUCCUGCUGCUGCGGGCCAACAAGCUCCAAAAGGCCUGGGACAUGCUGCAGCUCUUCAAAGACAAAAACAGAGUUCCUUCUGGGGCGCUGUUGAGCAGCUUCCUGACCGCGUGUCGAUGCAGCGCUUCCCCUCAGAGAGCCGUGGAGCUGGUCCAGCUGUCUGCCGCCUUCAGUCUCCCAACAACCCCGGAGCUAGCUAAGAGGACACUGGCUGAGUUUGAGCUGAACGACGAGCAAAGAUCCAUUGUGUCUGAAUUUGAAGCUGCACCAGAGAAAGAAGAAUAAAUAGAAAUCAGUUUAACUAUAAAAGCCCUUAUUGUUAGUCUUACUGCUUAUUAUUGUAAGUAACACUUGUCUCCACUUAACUCCACUCUGUGUAAUAAAACAUUCUAACAAAUGCA